ACAAUAUAUCCUUUGCUAAAUGAUGAAGUUGUAUCAUUUGUGGACCUUCAGAAACAUUACACUUGGCGACGAGGAUUAAAAUUACAGAGUGCCGUAUUUAGCAGUUAGAUUAACAUCGAGUGUAUCGCAAAAUGGCUUCGGCAGUUGACCUUGCAUUGAGUCUUGUUUUCGAUCCGAAAACAUAUGAGUGGCAAGUUUUUAUAGAGAGGUUAGAACAAUACUUCAUAGCGCGAAACAUUGCAGAUGAAAAUAUUAAGCGUGCAGUUCUACUAUACAGUUUAGCCGAAGAAGCCUAUCAGCUGCUAGUUGAUCUGUCGAUACCGGAUAAACCGGAAAAUAGUGGUUAUAAUGUUAUCCUGAAACAUCUUGACGAUUAUUAUAAUAAAACACGGGUUGUGUGGGUAGAGAGAGCAAAGUAUUACUCAGUACACAAACUAGAUAAUGAAUCGGUGCAAGAUUGGGCAGUGCGACUAAAAAAAUUGGCCAGCAACUGUCAAUUUGGAACACAGUUAGACACAAAACUGACAGAUAUAUUUAUAACAAGAUAUAACGAAGGAAAAGUAAAAAAUACCUUAUUGGGGCUGAAAGUCGAUGCAAAUUUCAGUAAAGCUAUGGAAACUGCUCUAAUCGAAGAAGCUGCAAUCGAGGGAAUCAAAGAGUCUAGGAUGGAAACGGAAGUGAAAAGAGAGCCAGCGCUGAAGGAAGAUGCAGGAAUAAACCGUAUUGGAAACAGUUCGAGGAGUGAUCACCGGCAGAAUGUAAGAACCGCUCGAUCAGGAAAUCAGAGCCGUUAUUCAUCAUGGGGAGAAUCUACACAAUAUCAAGGAGGAAGUGGCGCGAAUACUAGUGCUAGUGAAAAGGCAAAUGUGACGUGUUUUCGUUGUGGGAGAGGACAUUUUCCAAAUUCGUGCCCUUACAAGGAUUAUAUUUGUUCUGUCUGUAAUGGUAGGGGACACCUCAGAGCGGUAUGUAAAAAAACAAAUAGAAAUUUAAGAUUACUAGAAAAUGAAAGGUCAGAAAAUGAGUCUCCUGUUCUUUGUUUACUAAACGAUAAGGAUGUACCUAUUUAUAUUGAAAUUGGUAUAGAAAAUAAGAUAUUCAAAUUAGAAUUGGAUUCAGGGACAGCCGUUUCAGUCUUACCAUUUAACAUGUAUGAGAGUCAUUUCAAACAUUAUCCCUUACAGCCUGCAGCUAUAACAAUAAUUAACUAUUCUGGGAAGAAAAUUCGGCCAAAGGGAAAAAUAAAUUUGGAGGUUAAGUUUCACAAUAAAGUCAAACUUUUAGAUUUUUACGUGAUGGAUAAUGAUUGCCCAGCCUUGCUAGGGAAAAAUUUUAUCAGAAAUUAUAAUAUGGGUUUCAAAGAAAUCAAUUAUGUUGAAGAUAAUACACUUGAAAAUAUAGUACAAAAAUAUUCGUCCGUAUUUUCUGAUCGUUUAGGGACAUUCAAUAAAUUUAAAUUGAAAUUAAACAUUGCCACUGACGCACCGGCAAAAUUUCAUAAGCCUAGACCACUACCAUUUUCCUUGAGAGGAAAAGUGGAAACAGAAUUACAAAAAUUAGUAAACGAC